CGUGGGUGUCUAUGGGUCUGUCAGUCAGUCGGGACGACAGGUGGACGCUCUCGCUCGCCGGCCCUCUGCCUCUCUGUCUGUCCCCCUCGCACGCGCUCCUCCAACGCUGAUGACUUUGCUGUGUGUGUGUCUACAGAUGGCAAACCUUGUGACAUCGUUGUGCUGUGUAGUUCUGGCCGCGGUGGUGGUAGCCUACGCUCAGAGACGCAGUCAGCUUGUUGCUAGGAACCAGUAUGAGCGAAUGGGCAGCGAUGUUACCAUGCAGUGCGGCUCCCUAGACAAUGACGCAUCGGUGUCAUGGAAGGUGAACGGGACGGACGUGAGGGCCCAGCACCGUCUAGAAGGUCCCAGACUGAUCCUGACCGAAGUGAACCUGGGCCACAACGGACUCUACAGCUGCUUUCAGAACCCGCACGGAGAGAGGCGUGACACCAUCUUCCUCCACAUCGGCAUUUCUCCUCGGGAGCCCACAGUCACCUGUCGAUCCAACACCUACCCUAAAGGCUUCUACUGCAGCUGGCACCAGCUGUACGCAACGUACAUCCCCACUACCUUUGAAGUGGACGUACAACAUAACCAGCGCUCACUGGAGGUGCAGAAAGACUCUGUCCACAAGAAUCGCUGUCAUGUACGAUUUCCUGAGGUCUUUUCCAGCUUCCCUUACAAAGUCAACGUGACAGCAGUCAAUGCCUUGGGGAAAGCCUCCACCAUGAUCUCUUUUGAGGAGUCCAGUAUAGUCAAACCAGAUCCCCCGGAGCGCGUGACGGCGACCCCGAUCCGUCUCAACCCUCGGAGGCUGGAGGUAUCCUGGCACAGCCCCGCCACCUGGCCGGACAUCGACAACUUCCCUCUGAAAUACUUCCUUCGGUACCGGCCACUCAUCCGAGACCAGUGGCAGCAUGUGGAGCUUUCCGACAGCACCUCCCACACCAUCACUGAUGCCUAUGCUGGGAAGGAAUACAUCAUCCAGGUGGCUGCCAAGGACACAGAGAUCGGGACAUGGAGUGACUGGAGUGUUGCUGUUCAUGCCACACCCUGGAUUGAAGAUCCUCUGCCCAUCACUUCCACAACUGAAGGGGACUUUCCUACCGAGACCAAGACCUCCCCCAUACCGUCUUCCAACGCACCACAAAAGGCUGAGCCUCCAGUCGGCAGAGCUGCCAAGCUCCUCACGUUUUUCUCCCCUUUGCUGUUAGGAAUGCUGCUGCUGUUCAUGUGAUUUAAAUGUCUUAUUCCUGAAGGGGGACAAGAAGGAGGAAGAAGAGGAGGAGGAGGAGGAGGAGGCUGGUCUUUUUUCUAUUUUGCACAUGUUUCAAGGAUACAGUGCAUUGAUCAUUUCUGUCCAUCACACAGUUACUCACCAAGGUUACUUAGACAUGAAAUCAGACGAUGAUAAUGCGAUUCAGCAUUUUUUGAUUAAAUGGUGACAAAGAAAAUCUUCAGAGGAACUCCUCAUCAUCAUCAACAUCAUCAUCAUCACCACCACCACCACCACCAACAACAACAACGACAACAGCAGCAGCAGCAACAGGAGCAGCAACAACCACAACAACAGCAGUGAUAUCAGCACUUACAGUCUUAUAUUACCCCCUGGUGGCUUUGAUGGGCCACAGCAGACUGAUUUGUUUUGGAGGACAAAGCCACUCCUAAGAUGAGAGGAAAAAAAAAAAAUCUCUUCAUUACCUUUUUUUGG